AUGGGGAACAGCAAGAGCGGGGCUCUGUCCAAGGAGAUCCUGGAGGAGUUGCAAUUGAACACCAAAUUCACCGAGGAGGAGCUGAGCGCCUGGUACCAGUCCUUCCUGAAGGAGUGUCCCAGCGGCCGCAUCACCAGGCGGGAGUUUGAAAGCAUCUAUUCCAAAUUCUUCCCGGACUCCGACCCCAAGGCCUACGCGCAGCACGUGUUCCGCAGCUUCGAUGCCAACAGCGACGGUACGCUGGAUUUCAAGGAGUAUGUGAUCGCCCUGCACAUGACCACGGCGGGCAAGCCGACGCAGAAGCUCGAGUGGGCCUUCUCACUCUACGACGUCGAUGGCAAUGGUGCCAUCAGCAAGAACGAGGUGUUGGAGAUCGUCAUGGCUAUUUUCAAAAUGAUCAAGCCUGAGGACGUGAAACACCUUCCAGAUGAUGAAAACACCCCAGAAAAGCGGGCUGAGAAGAUCUGGGCAUUCUUUGGAAAGAAAGAUGAUGACAGACUUACAGAGAAGGAAUUCAUCGAGGGCACCCUGGCCAAUAAGGAAAUUCUACGACUGAUCCAGUUUGAACCGCAAAAAGUGAAGGAGAGGAUAAAGGAAAAGAAUCAGUGA